AUGACAUCCAUGAAGAUCUUCGGUAAAUUUUUCCAUUUCUUAUUUUGAUUAUUCAUAUUCAUGAAACGUUAUAGGAAUGAAUCUGAUGAAGAUUGGUCACUAUUUAUGCAGAACGUCGAUGAUCUCUUGCAGUCCACUGCUGAUUUUCCUAUGUUCACAGAAGAGCGCUAGCCUUGAUCGACAACGAUUGGAAAGUCGGGACAAAAAAAAUACUUAGCUUAAUAAUAACAUUCAGUAGUGGCAGGUGUCAGUGUCAUAAUUCACGUUUUCAGGAUACUUCUCUCGCUUCUAAUCACGCUGGCAAGAUGUUUUGUGUUCUUUUUAAAUGAUUUCCAGCGGUGAAGAAGCUUGUUCUUGUCCCCCUUCAUAAAAUAACAAUCCAUCAGUGCAUCAGUCCUCACGGAGAUGAUGAGCAUCGUCGCGAUCGGUCUGGUUUCAGCGUUGGUUAACCUUCUUGUAACUGCUACAACUGUGUUGAAACCCAGGGUGACUUUGGCGAACUCCCCAGUAGAUCCAAUUGAUCCAUUUGCAUUUGAUCCUGGCUUCGAUAUACAAUCUGUUGCUGGUCUAGCUAUCUCUCUUCCUAGCCAUUCAUGGGAGUUUGGAACAGCGUCCGAAGCCUUGCUCGAAUUGUGGAAUCCAUCGUUGAGCAUAUUUGGUCCUGAACCAUUCCAAGCUGCGGCUUCGCUUUCUCGAGAUCCACUGGUUGCAAUGUCAGUUCCAUCUUUGGUUUAUGCUCAGGCAAAAAUCGUUUUUGGAACAGGCGCAAACGUUCUUGCUGAUGGAGAUGGUGCAGUGGGAGAUCCCGCAAGCUUAGGCGUUAGUGCGGUCCUACUGGGAAAGAUAGCUGGCAAUGAGACGUUGAGAGAUGCAGCAGAAAGGGAAGCAGAAUACUUACUGAUGGGGGCUCCAAGGUUCUGGAACGGAGCGAUAAGUCACCGUGUCGAGUACGCAGAACUUUGGGCCGAUUUCGUAUACAUGGCACCUCCAUUUCUCGCAUAUUAUGCUGUGGAGACAUCUAAUCCAUUGCUGCUUCAACAGACUGUGGAGCAGUGCGGGCUAUACCGACAAAUUCUCCAAAAGAAUGUCUCGUCAGCGACAUCGUACAAAGGAUUAUGGGAGCACAUCAUCGGGCCCGUUAACCAGGACACGGGCGUCUGGUCUACAGGGAAUGCCUGGGCAGCGGCCGGUAUGACUCGAGUCCUUGCCACAGUCUUGAAAGCUCCUUCUCAUAUCACACUUACAUGGAAGGACGACGCAGUUUCGGAACUUACGCAAUGGAUCAAGGAAAUUUUGGAUGGUGCAAUAAGGGGAAAGGAUAUAACCCUAGCGCUUAAUGGAUUGUUGAGAAACUACCUCGACGAUGUGUCAGGAGACGGGCAUGGUUUUGGAGAAACUUCCGGAACAGCGUUAUUGGCGAGCGUUUCAUAUCGAGUUGUCGUUUUGCGACCCGAUAUUUUCUACGCCGAUGGUUCAGACAGGACAUACAUAGACUGGGCUGAUGAGUUACGGAAGACGUUGGCAGAGCAUAUUACAGCCAAUGGAACAGCUAGUCCUGCUGUCAAUCCCCUCAACUGGAGCGAUACGACGCAAUACACUGCGGGAAGUCCAGAAGGGCAGAAUUUUGUAGUUCUGAUGUAUGCAGCUUGGCGGGAUUGUAAGAUUGCAGAAAUUUGUUGAGAAUCUACUUUUAACCUUGAAAUCGUCGUU